GUCGCCGUUGCCACCCGGUCGCAGUUCGAUGCCUCUCUGCCCAAAGUCCCCUUCCCUAACUACCUCCCCGCGCGCGCGGUUGCCAGGGCAACGGAGUCCUUGGCGAGGCCGGCGCGGCGGAGGUAGAAGUGGCGGACCAGGCCUCGGGCCAAGAUGAUGCUCUCCAGGCUCAAGCCGGCCGUGGGGAGCGGCCCACAGGCGGUGGACAUGCGGAAAAAGAAAGGCAAGCGCAUCCCGCAGCUGGAGGAGCUGCUCGCCCAGCGGGACUUCACCGGGGCCAUCGCCCUCCUCGAGUUUAAGCGCCAUGUUGGGGAGCAAGAGGAAGAUACGGAUCUCUAUAUUGGAUAUUGUGCUUUCCAUCUGGGUGACUACAAAAGAGCACUGGAGGAAUAUGAAAAUUUGACCAAGCAAGCUGGCUGCAAUCCAGAUGUUUGGGUGAAUCUAGCAUGCACAUAUUUCUUUUUAGGAAUGUAUACACAAGCUGAACAAGCAGCCUUGAAAGCUCCCAAAAGUAGACUCCAGAAUCGCUUAUUAUUCCAUUUAGCUCACAAGUUUGGUGAUGAGAAGAAACUCAUGAGCUUCCAUCAGAAUCUUCAGGACAUAACAGAAGAUCAGCUUAGCCUGGCAUCUAUACAUUAUAUGCGCUCUCACUACCAAGAGGCUAUUGAUAUCUAUAAACGCAUACUACUUGAUAACAGGGAAUAUCUUGCCCUCAAUGUAUAUGUGGCUUUGUGCUACUACAAACUGGAUUACUAUGAUGUCUCACAAGAAGUGCUUGCAGUUUACCUUCAGCAGGUUCCUGAUAGUACCAUUGCCCUGAAUUUAAAGGCGUGUAAUCAUUUCCGACUUUACAAUGGAAAAGCUGCUGAGGCAGAACUUAAAAGUCUGAUGGACAGCGCUUCAACAUCGUUUGAGUUUGCUAAAGAACUUAUUAAGCACAAUCUGGUAGUAUUUCGAGGAGGGGAAGGAGCUCUCCAAGUUCUUCCUCCAUUGGUUGAUGUCAUUCCUGAAGCUAGAUUGAAUCUGGUCAUUUACUACUUCCGUCAAGAUGAUGUUCAAGAAGCUUACAACCUGAUUAAGGACCUAGAACCUACAACCCCACAGGAAUACAUCCUCAAGGGUGUGGUAAAUGCAGUCCUGGGCCAGGAAAUGGGUUCAAGAGACCAUUUGAAAAUUGCCCAGCAGUUUUUUCAGCUGGUGGGGGGAUCGGCCAGUGAAUGUGAUACAAUUCCUGGGAGACAGUGUAUGGCAUCUUGUUUCUUUCUGCUCAGACAGUUUGAUGAUGUGCUAAUCUACCUCAACUCAGUGAAGAGUUACUUCUACAAUGAUGAUACUUUUAACUUUAAUUACGCCCAAGCCAAAGCUGCUACUGGCAACACCAGUGAGGCUGAGGAGGUUUUCCUCUUGAUUCAAAGUGAGAAAAUAAAGAAUGAUUUUGUUUACCUCAGCUGGUUAGCUCGCUGCUACAUUAUGAAUAAGAAGCCACGACUAGCCUGGGAGUUGUACUUGAAGAUGGAAACCUCAGGGGAAUCAUUUAGCCUUUUACAACUAAUAGCAAAUGACUGCUACAAAAUGGGCCAGUUUUACUAUUCUGCAAAAGCUUUUGAUGUCCUGGAAAGACUGGAUCCUAACCCUGAAUACUGGGAAGGCAAAAGGGGUGCCUGCGUAGGCAUCUUCCAGAUGAUUGUAGCUGGUAGAGAACCUAAAGAUACACUAAGAGAGGUGCUGCAUAUUCUGAGAAGUACCGGUAAUCCACAAGUGGAGUACAUUGUUCGUAUAAUAAAGAAGUGGGCCAAGGAAAACAGAGUUCCUCUUUAAAACACCAUCACCCGAAAAUGGAAGCAGCAGCUAUCUGUGUUGUUUCUAGCCCGGGCAAUGUUGCAUUUUUGAGCCUGAUGCUAGUGUAACAGAGAAAUGUGAAAAUAUAUGAUAUUCAGAAUAGAUCUAUAUUUUUAUCAUAUUUUAAAAUGAAACCUAUCUGUCAUAUUUAUGAAGAACUUUUUGCUGCAACUACCCAGGUUCCAUUUUAUUUUGUACUACAAUUUUUUAUCAUUCAGCUUCAGUCUACAAAUUGUCUUAGUGUCAAUUCAGUAGUGUUUGUUCCGAGACUACAUUGUGCACUGAUAGGCUCAACCUCAUUGUAUCCAUUGUUAAAGAGAGUAGAAAAUGAUGUCAAGAGUUACCCCUCAGAUUCUACAAGACCCUUCAUCAUUCCAAAUAAUAUUUCUGAAGCAUAACAAAAAAACUGGAAAUGGCAUCUACAGGAAACCUGUCCACUGACAUGCUUUUAAUAACAAUGGUCUGGUGUACACGGAGGGAAAUGCUGAGGAAAGAAUGCAAAAUAUAGAUGCGUCAAAUACAUUUCUUUCCCCAUCUUCUUUAGAGAUGGCUAUCAGACUUAAUUAUGAAAGGUGCUUGUCUCACAUUGCAAAUGUUUGUGAAUACUGCAGUCUGAGAAAUAGGGAGAUCCAUUUUAAAGAAUGUAUUAUUUAAUUUCUAUAGAUAAUUAUAAAGAUAUACAGUAUACAUUGAAAUACACAGUAGAAUUUGCAGUUCACACUUAUACGUGUAAAAUAUGCAGUGCACAGUUUUUAUGAAAAUAGCUCAAAAUAAUUUUUAUGUUUUUUUAAGAAUGUCAUCAACUAAAUUUUAAUUUUGGAUAAAAUACAGAGAAAUAAAAUAUAUUAAAAUAA